UUUCACUUUCCCCGUCCCAUUUCCUAAAUGCACCAGAGAAACAGAGCAAACAGAGCGCUCGGCCAAGAAUUCUCCGAGCUCAAUUUUUGAGUUUUAGCAAUCCAAAAAUCCAUAAGUAAUGCCUAAUUCAUCUAUACAUCGUGAUUUAUCGAUUUAGAGCUUUAAAACGAGUUUUUGGUUCAGGAAUUUCUUGAAUUCCCGAUAAGCCAAAUUAGGGUUUCAGAGUAUCCGGAAGCCGGAUUGAGCCCAAAUUUCAUAUACGAGCUUCCUUCAGUGAGGUAAUCAAUUCUCUAGUUCUAAUCCCUGAAUUUCUGCAAUUAUUUAGGUUGGGGUCCAAAUCGCUGAAUUUAGCUCCGGCCAGGGUUUGAUGUGUUUUUAUCAAGAAUUUGACCCGGAGCCUAGAACUAAUAUUGACGGGGAUACUGCAGGGGAUAUUAGGAAGGUCUCGGAUUUUAAUUCGGGGUUCGUUCGUGAAAUUGACGUUUUAGUACGGGAGGCUAGAACCGGUGUUUGAACAACCAGAACUGGUGAGGGAUUAGCACGACAUACAAGGUUUGUCGUAUCACGAAAAUUAUAUUGAUGCUUAGAAUUGACCUAGGUGAACUAGAAUGGUAUGAUUAAGGGUGUAUGAACUUUUGUGCUAUGUGAUGAACCAUGGACUACUGUAUGAUAUUAUUGACUUGCCCUAAUGGAGAUGGACCUUGUUUAUGCUGAUGAUUUCGUAUAUGUUGCAAAUUGUGGGCUUGACUGUUGAUAUGCCUUAUGAUGGUUUGAAAAGAUGAUUGGGUAUGAUUUUUCAUGAUUGUUGUAUUUGGAUGCACAUGUGGGAAAAUAUAUAUUCCCUAGUGAUAUGAUGACGUUUAUGGAGGAUGACUGGCACGAGGGUUUAUCCCGAGGAAGUGCAAUUAUACGACUCCUGAUUUACCUAUGUUGAGUCAAUUCUGGCCAGGUCAAGUACAUGUGCAAGUAAUGAAUUAUGAUUAAGCAAGAUGAGAUAUGAAUCAUGUACAAGGAUACCAAAUAUGAGUGUUGUGGUCUCACGGUCAACUACAUAGUAAUUAGGGCUCCCUUUGCUAUUACGCUAUUAUGAUAUGUAUGAUAGUCACACCUCUCAUGUGGUGGUGACUAAAGAAUUCUUACGAGAUAUGACCACACCCAGAGCGGUGUCGGGGUAUGACUACACCCAUAGUGGUGUGGGGUAUGUAUGACCACAUCCGACAGGAUGUUGGAGUAUGUAUGACUACAUCCGACGGGAUGUGGGGUAUAUUUCCCGGAAGAGUUAUUAGCAUGGGAGUAGCCAGACGUCUAUGAGUAAAACAUGAUAAGAUGCAUAUGCAUAAGUCAAGGUGGUUGAGUCUUUUGCCUAUUGGGAUGUCAGAGGGCUCAGAUCUGAUCCCAGUGCUUUGGCUUGUUUGCUAGAUGUAUGGUAGGGGUAUGCUCUGUUAUGAACUCACGAUGCUAUGAUUAUCUCACUCAGCUAUGAGCUGACCCUCUUUAUCCUUUUCUCUGCUUAUGCUGUGUAAACAGAUCAUCAUCAACAAUAGUAGAUAGGUGUAUAGGUGGGAGCUGAGCAAGAGUUGAAGGCAAGAUGAGGUAUGGUCUUCAACCAUUCUGUGUUUGGACUACUACUCGGGAUUUUGGCCAGUGAUACACACCUUUUUGUAAAAAUGUUUUGAGAACGUUUUUCAUGUGCAUACUAGCUUCUGAUGUAGUGUGAGAUAUCCACAAGUGUGAAAAGUUGAUGAUAUGUGUAUAUGUUGUGUAACUGUGUAAGUUGUGACGACUAUGGUAUGUAUAGGUAUGGUAUGCAGUUCUGGAGUAUGAAAAGUGUGACUAUGGCUAAGAAAAGCCAAUGCAUAUGGUUGUGAGUAUAUAUGUUUGUGAUGAAUUAUUUUGCAGGAUAAGUUGCAAGAACUGUUAGCCCAUUACACGAGUAAUUCAUGUCGAAAUUUUAUUUGGGUAAAUUUUGAUAAUUAAUUUAUCACCCGAGAUUAAUUACGUUGCAAUUGUAUGAACAAUAUGAUUAGGCAGAACGUAUAGGGUAGGGUGUUACAGUUUGGUAUCAGAGCCUGGUUCCCUCUUUUUGCUGUUAUGGAGUACUAUACCCUAUGGGAGGUUAAACACUCAUAAGGAGGGGAGUACCCCAUAAUUACUUAAACUGGGAAUUGAGUUUGACAUGAUUAUGUGUAUUGGUAUAUUGGAUGAAAUUACUUGCAUCAUGGUUGUCAAAAUUGAGUUUUGAACUUAAUUGUUUUCAAGUAAUUAUUUUGGGAAUUUUUUUGUUUUAACCAAGUGAGAGAUUUGGUGAAGAAUGAAUUUUGUGUGGAUCAAUCUAAGGCCAAUAUUUCCUUUUAGCUCGCACGGAAGUUGUCAUAAUGUUCCUACUGACCAGUCGAGAGGAGUGGGGGCGGUUGAUGCAAGGCCGCCAGUAUUAGACUAUGCAAAGAUGAAGAGUUUGGGUGGUAGGGACUUCAAGGGAGAUGUGAGCCCAGAUGCUGUAGUAGAGUGGUUGAGAGAGAUGGAAGAUGUGUUUGAGUAUCUUUAUGCAACCCCAGAGAAAAAAGUGCAAUAUGUUGUUUUUCUCCUAAAGGGGUACGCGAGGAGCUGGUGGUCCUCAGUCUCUAGAGUUAAUGGUGAACGAGUUCAGUUCACUUGGGAGGAGUUCCUAAAGGCCUUUAAGACAGAGUUUCUUCCCGAAGCUUUUAUCAGGGCAAAGAAUAAUGAAUUCGCCAACCUUAAGCAGGAGAAUAUGACAGUUACUGAGUACACCAUCAAGUUUGUUCGACUACUCUACUUUGAAGAUGGGUUGGCGGAUACUGAGCAUAAGAAGAAGAUGAGAUACUUGCAUGGUCUGCGCAUAGGAUUGAAAGAAAAGAUCCACAGGGUUGAUGAAGAGAGCAUGGCCACAAUCAAGGAGGCAACACUUAAGUAUGAAGCCUAUGAAGUUGAGAGCCGAGAGGAACACAAAGCCAAAGAAGAGGAGAAGAAGAGGAAGUUUGGAGUAAAUUAUGCUGGACCUCGUUACCCACCCAGGAGAGGUCCUAGCAGUUUUGGGAGAACACCGAGUCAAUCUAUGUCGGGAACAUCAUACAGGGCACCAAUUUCCUCAGCCACACAAUUUCCAUUGUGUCAAGUUUGUCAGAAGAGGCAUCUUGGAGAAUGUAGGAGAUUUUCUGGUGUAUGCUUUCACUGUAGCCAACCUGGGCACAUCAUGAGGGACUGUCCGCAUUUGAGAGAAGUAAGAGCUACACAGUCCGAGCCUUCAGUGCAAAUUAGUAGAGCCCCAUUCAGGGGUGGUUACCAGGGAGGCCGUAGUGGAUUUCAGAGUGGUCGUGGUGGUUCACAGGGUGGUAGAGGUGGUGGUCGAAAUAAGCCAUCAGGAAGUGGUACGCAGGGUACCAGAGCACAGGGAGCACCGAGGGUUUAUGCAAUGAAUCAAGGUGAGGCAGAAGUGGCACCAGAAGUUGUGACUGGUAUGCUUUCUAUACUUGGCAAGCAAUUAUAUGCUUUGAUCGAUACUGGUUCCUCUCACUCAUUCAUGUCAUAUACGUUUGCACAUAUGCUACGCUUAGUUCCAGAUAAGCUAGGUUAUACCUUAUGUGUUAAAACACCUGUGGGAGAUACCUUGAAGGUAGACUCAGUUAUUAGAAGUUCCUUCAUUUGUGUGGAAGGAGCUUUCCUAGCAGCAGAUUUAAUUAUGCUACCUUUUGAUGAAUUUGAUGUCAUCCUUGGAAUGGACUUUCUGGCAACACAUGGAGCUGUUUUGGAUUGUCAAAAGAAACAAGUGUUAUUCAACACACCAGAUAAAGGUCCCGUUAAGAAAAAGGAGACUCAUGUUUUUCUUUCUUCCUUGGAAGCUUUUCAAUUAGUGAAGGAAGGUUGUGAAGCCUUUCUUGCUCAAGUUACUGUUGUAAAUGAUAAGAGGGUUGAGGAUGUAGAGGUGGUAAGGGAGUUUCCUGAUGUAUUCCCCGAAGAACUUCCGAGCCUUCCACCAGAAAGGGAAGUAGAGUUUGAUAUUGAAUUGGUACCUGGCACAACACCAAUUUCAAUGGCACCAUAUAGAACGGCACCAAUUGAGCUGAAGGAGCUUAAAGAACAAUUGCAAGAAUUGCUAGACAAGGGGUUUAUUUGACCUAGCAUCUCACCUUGGGGUGCACCGGUUUUGUUUGUCAAGAAGAAAGAUGGCUCCAUUAGAAUGUGCAUUGAAUACUGGAGGUUGAAUAAAGCAACAGUGAAAAA